UUUGUGGCGUUGUAGCUGCUGAAGCUGUCGGUUGGUGGAUUUGUAGUUUGUUUCGCAUUGUGUUUUAAUUGUACAAAUUUGUAAAUUAAAAUUUGUUAUGAUUCUUGGGGGAACAGACUAGAAAAUGAACAUGUCCGCCUUAUUUGCGUGCUCUAAGUGUUUCUCGAGGCAUCCUUUCGAGGAACUUUCCGUUGGCCAACAGUUGUGCAAAGAAUGCCGUGGCGCUUUUCCAGUUGUGAAGUGUACUUACUGCAGGUCUGAAUUUCAGCAGACAAGUAAAGGAAGCCCCAGUGCAAUUUGUAAAAAAUGUGAGCAGAAUGUAAAGCAGUUUGGUAAACCUUCAGCUUGUGAAUAUUGCAAUACAAUAGCAGCAUUCAUCGGGAACAAGUGUCAACGUUGUACCAACUCUGAGAAGAAAUACGGUCCUCCGGUGACUUGUGAACAGUGCAAACAAAAAUGUGCUUUUGAUAGGAAAGAUGAAGAUAAGAAGGUCGAUGGAAAACUUCUUUGUUGGCUGUGCACACUGUCAUACAAAAGAGCUCUUGCCAAGACAAAACAAACAGAUGCCGAAAGAAGAGCUCACCUGAAACUUGCAGCCCAACGAGCCGCAAAGGGGAAAGAUAUUAAGCACAAAAGUCACAGCAAGCGACCGCACCGUGUUGAUGUUACUAAACUUACUGCUGCUCCAGAUGGCAUGGACAAAUCAGAUGGCAUUCCUCCAGCUAAACUUGCUCGCUCCUCAGGAAACAGUAGGGGAGAUCCACUUGAUCCGAAUUCUUCAGACCAUGUUGUUGCGAUGACACAGCUCAAAGAACAAAUUGCAUCUCUGCAGAAACAGCUCACCCAAAAGGAUGCCCUGCUGCUUUCUAAAGAUAAACAGAUGACAGAGCUCAAGGCGAAACAUUUUACCACUGAGAGUGAGUUGAGGAAUAAAAUGAAGACAAUGCAGAAGGAGCAUGACAACAAAGUGGAACAGUUACACUUGAAGGUUAAAUCACUGCAGAAGGAAGUAGCAACACUUUCCAAGAGCACAAAGAGGCAAGGUCUACUUGCAAAUAAGGAUGGUCUAAGUGGUGGUGGCACAGGCAGCGGUAGCGGCACCGACAGUCCGUCACUUGCUUGAUUUAUCUGCAUCAGUGACAUUCCCAUGACCAAAGGCUCCAUAACAAGUCCAUCUGAUAUAUUUUAUUGUGGUAUGUGUAUUGCAUUUCUUCAUUUGGCACAAUGAAGAGGGACAUCUGUUACUCAGUUAUUUUUUGUGAACUGUAAUCUCUUAAGUCUUUUUGACAAGCCAAGACAUACCAGAAAGAUUUAAUCCACAUAAUCAUACCGGUAAAUGUACUGGUAGUGAUAUACCAGGUGUCAUUUUUAUCUUUUGUGAUGCUGAGCAUGUGUUCUUUAUCUAUUGGGCAUCCAUCACAGACAUUUAGAACUUCAUUGGGUAAGUUUUUUUUUUAAAAAAAAACAACACUUUUAUGUUUAUAUUUUAUCAUUUGUGAUUGCAGUUUUUUACUUUAUUGUUCUAUUCAUGUGAAAUUUUUUUAAAUAUUGCCCUUACCAUACUUUUGAUGAUUUUAGUAAUUUAGCAUAUUUUUAUAGCUUCACACAGAUCAAUCAUAAAAAAUGUACCUGAAACUAUUCUAGAGUCCAGCCCUAGAAAAUCAUUUUACCUUUUCAGGCCUUUAGCAAUGGUAUUUAGAAUUUUUUAAGAAAAUAAUGCAAAAAAAUAUUUGUGGUGACAUGUAGUUUUGGCUGUUAAAAAUAUAAAGUUUAUUGAUACAAGUGAUACACUAACUAUGGAGUAUUUAUUUGUAACAUCCCCAUGUAACUCAUUCCAACCCUUUAAGUCAGGUUGGUGCCAUUUCUUACAAGUGAUUUUUAAUGUUACAUCAUAACAUAAAUAUUAAUUACUUUUAUAUGUUUCCCAAUUGUAAUGUUGUGCCCUGAAUUGUAGAGGCAAGUAAUUUAAUUUUGAGAUUUGGCCUAUUGGAAUACUGAUGUUCUGGAAUGUGCAGUGUGUGGAAAUUUGAAACCAAAGUGAAGAAAGAAAAUUCAAGAUGCUUGGCAACUUUGACAGCACUUUCUCUUAUGAUUGACACUUCAUGCAACAGAUGCAAUGUAGAUAUGGUUAAUUUUUAUGCUUAUGGCUUCCGUAUAAUUUUGUUAAUUGAGUCUAAGUGUGGGCAUAAAUUAUAAUUGUUUGUGUUUAUCAAGUAAAUUGCCCUGGAAGUGUCAUUUGUUAAAACCUCAUUUCCAGGUCCAUUCAAAAGACAGAGGUCUAACAUUGUACGAAAGUAAGUAAGGACAGGAAUGUUAAGGAAUGUAUUAUGUUUAAUGUUUGGAGAUAAUCGAGAAAAUAGUAAGAUAUUCAUGUAGGACAAAUUGUCGUGUUUUCUCCCUUAAUAAAUUGAAGAGUCACUGUAGUUAAUUGCAGAAUAUCUGUUCUUCCAAUAAGUAUAGUUUCUAAAUUAAUUUGGUCCCUCUAUGGCUCAUUCUACCUGUCAGUGUUUGUCAUAUUUAUCAGUUGCCUUCACCAUAUGUGUGUUUUCACAUGGACAUGCGUGGAAAGAAUGUUGUUUGUAUUUUUAUCCAUGAAGUAUUUCAUGACAUAAAGGCAAUAUUUUAAAAGUUUUAAAACCAUACUUCUGUUUUACAUCUAAAGAUUACACAGAUUCAAAUGUGGAGACAAAUCACUAAGCAUCAUCCAGAAGUGUUAGGCGGCAGGUAUGCUGUAUAAGAAUGAUGAUAGCAGCUUAAUCUUUCAAAAAUGCUGUUUGUUGUAGUAGUAUAUGGACAAAUGCAGCAUUUUCAUGUUCUCAGACACUUCUCUAUGGUGUUGGAGGUAUGUCCUCCACAGUUUUCAUUAUUCUCCAUCCAGGAUUUACCAUUACACGUAUUAAAAUACGAGUCUGAUUAAAUAGUGCUGAAUGAGAACUAACUCCUGCUUAUGAAGAAUGUAGCAAUUAAGUGACUUAACAUUUUUGACUUCACAGAAUUACGUAUAGAAAGUUUUAGUCGAUGCUCAUUUUGCUCAUUUUAUUCGCAAAUGUAUAUCCCCUUCUUUAUUAGUAGAGAGGAAGAAUUACAAAAGGUUUGCUGCUAUGAUAUUUGUGUGACAGUAGUAAGAGGAGAUGAAUGGUUUGUCAUAGGUUGAUGUUAAUGACAUUCAGUACCUAUUUUAUAGAGUUAUUGCAUUAUUACAUGAAGAAUUGUUUAGGCAGUCUAAUUUCAUGUACCUGUUAUUUUCUCUGCCCUAAAAGAUCACUGGAUGGCACCUACUACAUAACUGUAUGGCAAAACGGCAGUGGCUAUCAUGUGCUUGAAAUCAUUUUUUGCUCAAGUCAUAUCCUUAUGUAUCACAUUUUUAAUGUAUAAAUUUUUGAGUUAUCAAAUUUUUUUCCAAAAUUUUGUGUUAAGUUGAUAAUCUGGUGUAUUUAUUUCUUUUAAAAACUGUAACCAUUAAUUUUAAUGCUCAGUGUCCUUGUUUUGGCAUUGUUAGUGUUUUUUGAGUAAAUGAUUGUUGUGUAAAGAGCAGUAUAAUUAAUAUUUGCAAUGUAGUUUUAAUUAGGUACAUAGAAUGUAUUGAUAAUUACGUAGCAACAGUAUAGUAAAUGACAUGGCCCUCAAGCAAUGGUUUGCAUGUUUCUGAUUCAAUGUAACUUUGUAACAUGUAAUUGUCUAAAUGUUUUAUUUAAAUAUUGUAAGCUCUUUUAGUAAAUUGUUUAUGGAUUGGAAAGUUUAUUCAUGUAAACUCAGUUGGCAAAAGACAAGUUUAACUGUAAACAAUAGGUGAAACUUUCUGUAUUGUUGUGAUGUUGACACUUGUACCAUUCAGUAUGGUUUUUUUUGGGGGGGGGGGGCGGG